AAUACAUUUUUCCAUUAUCAGAAUCCUCAACUUUGUCUUAAAAUACAGUCAUGGCUCUAUCUUCAUCCAUCGCCAUUUUUUUCUUUGUAUCGACAUUGUUUAGCGGAGAUGCAGUGCGAAAUAUGGGCGGCGAACAGUCUUUAAUGUCAUACACCAAACGUAACAACGUUAGCGGUUGUAAUGGAGAACAUACUCGUGUAGCAACUUUAUAUCCCUACAGUACUCAAACUUGGCACGGCGCAUGUUUUCACGACACCAAUGGUUAUGUAUCAUAUAAUAGAGAUCAUGGCCUUGGUUACAUCGUCAUUUCGACUUGGGAAGCAGAAAGCAAAUGGUGCAAGGAUUCAUAUGAAUUUAAAGUAGGCGGCCACACUAUAGGAAGUGAUACGUUUUAUCUAUCUUGGACCAACCCUCAUCAGGUUGUGUUCGACUCCUCCCACAAAGACUUAAGGACCUCUAUAAGACAGAACGGAGUUGAAGUUUAUUUGACUAACAAUGGACUCUGUGACCAAACCAUGGGAAAAGCUAAGGAGACAUUGUGAAGAUGAGAGGCAUAAUAAGUAUUUUAGUUGUCAAUUGAAUAAAUGAAAAUGGCAUGUUAUAAACAUGGAAUCUUUGUUCUUUUUCCUACAUCAAUUAUGGCAAUCUUUAAUUUACGCAUGC